GGUAAGGCAUACGAAGUCCUGAAGUAAGGACUCCGGUCUCACAAACCAGCGGGAACAUUGCCCUCGAAUGAUUCCGAGGCAUCUGCUUAAGAUGGCUCAGCCACCCGCUAAGAUUCUCGAAGGCGUCUUUGCCGUCAGCAAACCACCGAGUCUUUCCUCUGCUCAAGUUCUACGAGACCUCCAACAUCAUUUUGCCGAGUCGAAACUUUUUGCGCCCUUAUUGGAUCGGACCAAGCAAGAUGAAAAUGCAGAAAGAUUCCAACCGUCUAAACGGCGUAAAUAUAACCGUGACAGGGAUCUCGCCUUUAAGAUGGGUCAUGGAGGCACCCUGGACCCUUUAGCGACAGGUGUGCUGAUUGUGGGAGUUGGAAGGGGCACCAAGCAUUUGUCCGAAUUUCUAUCCUGCAAGAAGACAUACGAGACGGUCGUGCUCUUUGGGAAGACCACCGACAGCUACGAUGUUAUGGGCAAAGUUGUUGCAGAGGCACCUACGGGGGACAUCACAAGCGCAGUGGUUGAAAGCCAGAUGGCAAAAUUCACAGGCAAGAUGAAGCAGAUUCCGCCCAUGUACAGCGCAAUUAAAGUUGAUGGCAUGAAGCUAUAUGAUUAUGCUCGCGGUGGAAAGGAGCUUCCUCGUGAGUUGGAAAGCCGCGAGAUUGAGAUUACAGAAUGUUCUCUACUGGAAUAUUACGAACCAGGGUCGCACGACUUUCGGUGGCCCGCUGAGCAGGCUGGCGAAGAAGAGAAAGCCGUGUUCCAGAAAUUGAUGAAAGGCGCAGAAGACACAAAAAGAUCGAUUGAACCACAGAGUGGACAAGGAUCCACGAACAGCUCACCCAAGAUAUCGGCCCGGUCCCAUAAGAACAAUCUUCCGCGGCAUGAAAAAGCAGCCAUGCAUAUCCACCAUCUACCAGAACAGGAGAGCUCUCCUGCAGAUGCUCCUGCAGCUCGGAUUCGCUUGACAGUCAGCAGUGGCUUCUAUGUCCGGUCGUUCGCAUACGACCUGGGCAUCGCCUGUGGUUCUUAUGGUACUAUGGCUAGCCUAAUAAGGAGCCAGCAGGCAGACUUUACAACUGCCCAACCUGCUCCAGAGGGGCUCGUGAGCACCCUCACAUACGAGGAUUUGGAGGCAGGAGAGGACGUUUGGGGACCAAAGCUGUCGUCCAUACUCGAAAGGUGGACAGAGUGUCAUCCAGACAGAGCCCCCGAAGAUAGGAACCGUGACCAAAGGCAGCCUCACAGGCGAGAUUUUCGAGAUCAUAGGAACUUCCUUGGCAAGAGAGGCGGCGCAAAGAGAUCAUGGAAUAGUCAUAAGAAUGGGAACAGAUCUGACGCACGACCCAGGCGCAACAGUUCGUCGCCAGAGGCGUGAAGGGGGAGGUCGAUAGAUGGCUUUGUAACAUUAAGGAUGGACUUGCUAAUCGGUCAAUGACGAAG